AUCCGACUCGGAUUCGGGGAGAGGUGAAUACUUCGGCGUAGCGUGAGUUGCGGCUACUCGAUGAGCGUCGGUCUACGUCGGCGGCUGCAGCGACGGACCGUUGCGGGCAUUGACACGUGUAUUUGAAACUCGAAAGCGUGCUAUCCGUUCAGGUUGCUCACAUCGUACGGGCGGGACGAAGCACCGACACAUACACUAACGUCAACGCGGCGAGACGUUGCUUCGCACUUCCACUAACAUAUACACAACACGACCGUACUGUGUCGAAACCGUAGUCUCGUAAAAACGAUAUCGGACCGCACGUGAAAAAUUGGGAAUUGCAGAUUAGAAGUCGACCAAUUGAAUAAUCUGGAUUUUCACCUGCUUCGUCCUGAUUGGCUUAGUGUCGCUCUCCAAUUUGCAUUUCUCGAUCUCCGAUACUUGGCCCUGUGUGAGCAUAAAGAGUCGGUCGCUUAUCAAUUUUCUCGUUUACACGCCGCAAAAUCUCUAACUCGUCGUCGCAAAAUACGAAAAACUACGAAUCUCAAUCUCAUCGUGGGUGCUCGAGAUAUACUAGGAUGCAGGAUAUGAGUUCGUUAUAAGUAAUAAGCUGAUAAAAAUUGUUCCUUAAGAAUAUAUAUACAUCAUGAUUACAGAGGAAACAUCUAUAUUUUAUUCUUAAAUUAAUAAAAUGCCACCAAGGCGUGUAGAAGACGUGCCUGUAAAAAGGGUAGCAGCUGCAGGUUGCAAAUUACCAGCACAAUUGCCAGCAGGAGAGAUCCUGACAGAUAUUACGCAAAAUAAAUGGAGAUUAGGGAAUACUAUUGGAUAUGGUGGUUUUGGAGAUAUAUACCUAGCUUCUAACGACAUUACAUCACCUGUUGGGGAGAAUGCAAAAUAUGUCGUGAAAAUUGAACCUCACAAUAAUGGGCCGCUAUUCGUCGAGAUGAAUUUCUAUAUAAGAGCGGCACGCAGACAUAUGAUCGAGAGCUGGUGCAAGUCUCAAGGCAAAAGAAGGAUCGGUGUCCCUACGUACGAAGGAUCAGGAUCUCACGUUUACAGAGGACAGCGGUACAGGUUUCUGGUAAUACCGCGGUAUGGCAUAGAUAUCGGAAAGUUAUUUCUAUCGCACAGGAGAAAGUUGCCAACAAAACUCGUCAACACGUUAGCUGUACAAAUGCUGGACGCGCUAGAGUAUAUUCAUAGUAAAGGAUAUGCUCAUGCAGAUAUAAAGGGACCAAAUAUCCUGUUAGCGGGGACAUACGGAGACGGAAUAGGAAGGGAAAAGUCUGAGGCGUACUUAGUGGACUACGGACUAGCGUAUCGUUUUCGCACAGGAACUGGUCAGCAUAAAUCGUUUGUGCACGACGAGAGAAGGGCUCAUGAAGGCACUUUAGAAUACACAUCGCGGGACGCUCAUCAUGGAACACACUCAAGAAGAGGAGAUCUAGAGACUUUAGGAUAUAAUAUUAUACAAUGGUUGUGCGGAAAGCUACCGUGGGAGAAGACUAGUGAAGAGAUGGGUCUGCUGAAUCCGGAAGAAGUUCACGCACAAAAGGAAAUUCUUCUAUCAAACUUAUCUUUAUUUAUGGACAAAUGCUUUCCUGACAAGAAAAAACCGCCUGCUGCUAUCCUAGAAUAUAUGAAGUAUAUUACAGAGCUAGAAUUCGAGACUAAACCCAAUUAUUCUUAUUUACGGAAUCUGUUUCUAUAUGGUGGGAGCCAAGAUGGCAAUAUACCUUCGUAUCUUUAUUAUAUGAAAGAAUCCAAUGAAAAUCUGACGUGCUCUACAUUUUUCGAACGUCCGUAUCUGAGAGAGAGAAAACCUUGUAGACCUGUGAACGGCGAGAUACGAAUAACGCGAAACACGCAGCCUAAGCGCCAAACUCAAGGGAAAGACUUCUCUUGGGAAGCGGUAUUGGCACUGCACCCGGAUAAAUUUGCGAAAAUUAGUACUCAAUCUCCACCUUCGCCUCUCACACCGCCUCCGUCACCACGGCCACCGUCCCUGCCAACGUACGCGAUGUUGGACGUGCUUCGUAGAAUGAAGGAAAAACAAUCUGGUUCAUUCAGGCAUAAUAAGACAGUAUCAAAAUCAUCGGAUAAUGAACUUAAAGCAAAGUGGAUGACACCGGCAAUGGAGGAAAUCGCACGACUGAAGAAAAAGAAUACCGACUCAUUGAUUUCUGAAUCCAGCCCAGAAAGUACAUCACGUGUAACACGUUCUCGUGUGGCGAAAUUAAAACGACCCGGAGCUCAAAAGCAACGUAAACGAAUACAAGAAAAUCCGAUUGAUAGCACAGUAACGCAUAAAAGAAGGAAAGGGCCGUCCUCCUAAAUAGGUCCGACUAGUAUUACGGAGACUGCUUCUCUGACAAUGAUACCAU